AUGGUGAAAACGAGAAUGUCUGAAGCAAUAUCAGACACAGGUACAUCAUUCGUUGGUGGUCCACAAAGUGAAACGAAUAGGCUAGCUAAGGCAAUUGGAGCCACGUACCUAAGAGAAUACCAGCUUUAUACAAUCCCUUGCAACGCUCAUCCACCGAGUCUCGACAUCUACAUUGGAAGCAGAAAAUACUCUAUAGAAGCGAAGAAUUACAUAGUUGACUCUAUUAAAUCCAAAAAUAGGCCACUCAAAAACUGGCUUCUGCAGGCUGGUGACAACAUGUGCUUAUUUGCGGUAUUCCCCUUUUCUUAUGGAGGGAUUGGUCCUGCAUGGAUUCUCGGCGACCCAUUCAUUCGCCAAUACUGUAAUAUUCAUGACAUGAAACAAAAAAGGAUUGGAUUCGCCAAAUCCCUUUCCGAGUAG